AAUCUACCGAAAAAAAGUUUAUGUCUCCGAUCAUAAUUUCACCCAAAAAAAGUCCAAGUUCGCUUAAGCCUCGUACAUUUCCUCGAGUUUUUUCACCUCGUCUUGGAAAACAAGUACUAGAGGAGAGGAGUACAAGACUAUAUCAAGUAGAAAAUAUAGAUGAUAGUACUGAAAAAUACCAAGAUUAUGAGGACAGUCGACCGUUCAUUCAUGAUGACAUAUAUACUCUUCCCGAAAACCUGGGUAUUCAAGAAGCAAAGCAAACAAAUGAAGUAGCACAAAGUGUCAGGUUCCAAUCUACAGGAUUAGAAUUGCCUCUGUCAUUUGGUGAAAAGCUUGUGGAGUCGCCACUGCCAUAUGGUGAAAAGACUUUAGAAUCUGAUGAGUCAAACUUAACUCGGGCGUCUCUUAUAUCGCAGUAUAAUGAGACAACACAAGAACAGUCCAUAUUUGAGACAACAUCUUCAUAUCAAGACAGAGAUGAAGUUCAAUAUUUAGAUUCUUAUCGGGAUGAAACUCAAGAUUCCGAUGAAUCGAAAUUUGGAAAAAUUAUCGAGUCUGAUGUAUCCAGAUUGUUAAAAACUUCCGAACUUAAACAGUCCUUUAACAACUUUGAAGAGGAAUCUAAAUCUAGCGUACCACAAAUUGUACCUGAUACAACUACAGAAGAUAUAAUUGCAGAAAAUGGCAAUGAAUUAAUGGGGGUUUCUGAAAAUUUUGGUUCAUUUGGACUAGGAGAACCACCAAAAACAUUCAAUGCAUCUGGUUCGCAAGGCGGUUUCGGUUUAUUCGGAGAUAGAUCACUUGCAAGCACCCCUAUAAGUACCUCUACUUUUGGUAAGCCGACGUCAUUUGGCGCGGCAACAUCUGCUCCUAUAGUAUUUGGAGCAGGAUUACCAGUUAGUAAUAAUGCCUCAGGUAUUCCACCAGCUUUUGCAACACCACCUAGCAAUGUAAAUACAUUUAGUUCAUUAUCUGCACAUCCUUCUCAAGCAUUUGGACAACCAGCGUUUGGACAGAUUGGUUUUGGACAAUCAUCACUUGGCGCACCUAAGACACAAGCAUUUGGGCAACCAGCAUUUGGGCAACCAGCAUUUGGACAACCAGCAUUUGGACAAUCUGGUUUCGGGCAAGCGCGGAUGUUUGGAACUCCUGCAGCUCUUUCCGCGAAUGUGAGACCUCCAAGUGGUAGUGGAUUUGCUCGAUUCGCAAG